AUGACUGCCAAGUUUCAAUUUUAUGAAUACAUUCAACUUGGAUUCUCAACAAUUGCAUUGGUCACACUUCCACUUUAUAUAAGUAUUUCAUAUUUGAUAUAUUCGAAGAGGUAUGUUUUCGUCCAUGAGAUUGCAAGAAAUUUGAGAUUUUUAUAGAAAAACAUCAUUCAAAACGACGUUCUAUAAACUUCUGCUAGUUCUCACAUUUUGUGACAUUCUUUCGUGCCUUUGUAAUGUUUUUGGUAAGUUUUUUAGAAGAUUUUUCAGGAUUCUACCUCAUAUUGUUCUCAAAAAACUUGCAGUUUCAAAACUAUCGAAAAGUUUCGAGCAAAAAUUACAAAUUCCAUGGAUUUUCUAAAAAUCUUUGUUUUUAGGAGCCUCAUUUCCAUUCCUAUUUUUCUCCCGUCAAAUUUCGGAACUUGGAACAAUGUGGGGCCGAGUAUAUUUAUCAUUAUCUUGGUGCAUUCGAGCAUCUCAAGGUUUCUCUGGAACAUUAUUGGCAAUAAAUCGAGCGACAGCAAUUGUUUAUCCAAUUAUAUACAAAAAAGUGAGCCAACAAUCUUUCAAUUCACAGUUUUAGAAUAAAUAUGUGAGUAAUUGAGUUCAGAUUUGGCCAAACAAUCAAUUUACUUAUUUAUUGUUUUGCACAUUUCCUGGAUAUCCAUUUCUUUUUGUUAUUUGGUUUGCAGAUAUUGAAUAUGUCAAAGAUCAAGAAUCUGAUGUAUGUUUCUUUCUUUCGUGAUACAUUUAUUUAACUGAUUCUGAUUUUCAAAAAUUUUAAAGAGAAUUUACCCGAAUAUUGCAAAUGAUCAAGUGAGAAAUGGAAUGUUUGGAUUUGGUGCAUUGCUAGAUGUCAUAUCAAUAUUCAUAAUAAUCAUAUCAUAUUUCAUAACACUUCGAGCAAUUCGAAAACUUCGUCGAAAAACGAGUGUCGAAUCAACGCGAAUGAAAAAUGGCGAGCAUUCGGCAACUCGAAUUGCAAUGAUAAUUUGCGUUUGUGAGAUUUUAUAUUUCAUUUUUCUUGGAAUCUGUUCAAGUAUGAAUUUGCCAACAAGAGUGUUUUAUGCAAUAUUUUCACCAUUGACUGAUAUUUAUUCCAUGUUGAAUUGUUAUGUUCUUAUCGCUUUUUGUCCGCCAAUCAGAAAUGGAUUGAGGUAAUUAACCGGAUAUUGAGAUUCAGAAUAUUAAAUCGAUGUUCAUUUUCCAGAAAAAAGAAGAGUGUUAUUUCAUUUGAUGAUAAUCUAACAUUUCGCAAAAUAACCACUAUUCCAGCUGUUGAAUAA